AUGGCGAAUGUUGAAGAUGCUGCAGCGGCGGCGGCGGCGGCGGCGGUAGCAGCAGCCGGGUCUACGACCGACACCGACAUGGGCAGCUGCGCGCCCCCCUCACCCUCCUCCAUAGGGUCCCUCCCUCCCUUCUGCGACAACCCCUCCUACACCUCUGCCGACGCCAUGCGGGAGGCGGUCCGCGGGAUGGAGUCCGAGCUCGUAGACCUGGUCUUCAGCGGCAGCUCGCGCGCCCCGCCCCGAGAGCUGGAGGACUGGCUCAAGGUGCCGCUGGAGUACGCCACGGCCAGCGGCAACCUGGCCGUCGUGAAGCGCUUGCUGUCCGCGGGCGUGGGGACCGACCCGCCGUCCAACGGUAUGCGACUCAGGCUCCUCCUGCACACCGCCGCGGGCAGCGGGAACGCAGGCGUCAUCGAGGAGGUCCUCAAGUCCGGGGCAAGCGUGGACGAGGUGGACAAGGACCGGAACGACCGAACGGCGCUCCACGUUGCCGCCAUGUCCGGCUGCGACGCGGCCGUACGGGCCAUCGCGAGCGACCCCAGGGCGGUCGUCAACGUGGCGGACACGCGCGGGUGGACGCCCCUCCACAUCGCGGCCAACGCCGGGUACCGCGGGGUGGUGGUGUUCCUCCUGCUCAAGGGGGCCAAGUCGUGGUUAAAGAUCGCCUCGACGGGAGACUCGCCGCUCCACCUGGCGGCGGCCAACAACCACGCCGGGGUGAUCGAGGACCUGCUGACCCUCGGCAGGGCUCCCGUGGGAUUGUGUAACGGCGCUGGACAGACAGCGCUGCACGUUGCGGCUCGCUUGCACCGUCUCGGGGCCUGCAUCGCCCUCCUGCGGGGCGGCGCCACGGUAGGCCGCGUCUGCUCCAAGGGCCUGAGCUGCCUCGACACCGCCGCGUGGAACGGCCACUCAGGCCAGCUCCUGCAGAUCCUCACGGCGGUCGAGUCUCCGGCCGACCGCAAGCGGCGUUGCAGCCUGGCCCUCUACUACGCCGCCAAGGCCAACAAGACGGACACAAUCCGCGACCUCGUGGACCUCGGCGCAGACGUGAACACGACGAGGUCGGGCGGGAACACAAACCUCCACUGCACGGCUACCCGGGGGGCGUACGCGGCCACGCACGCUCUGCUACGGACGGGCGCGAACCUCGAGAUCAGGAAUAACGAGGGGGGCACGGCUUUGCACCGCGCGUGCAGCUUCUCUCAGUCGGACACGGUGCAGCUUCUCCUGCGGUGGGGCGCGGACGAGACCGCCACCAACUACGACAACUUGACCGCGCACGACCUGGUGGGGCAUUCGGUGGAGGAAGAGCUGCUGUCCAACGAGGCCCUCGGUCCUGCUAACAAGAAGCGCAGAGCAAAGGCGGGAGGAGGAGGGGGGGGGGCGAGAGGAGGCGGAAGCGCAGCGUCGAAGGCGGGCGCCCCUUCUUCGAGCGGCAAGGGCAAGGGGCAGGCUCCUCAUUCCCAGAGGGGAGGCAAGAGAGCCGGCGGCGCCCGCACGGAAGGGUCGGCGGCCGCGGGGUUGUCUCCGUCAUGUCGGAAGAACUUCUCGAAGGAUAAGCUGUGCUACUUGUUCGGCAGGCGCGAGAAAGGCGCCGCUGGGGCGGGAGCGGCGCCUACGGUGGGGCCAACCGUGGUGCAGCCACCCCAGCUGAGGCUAGGACGAGGGAGCCUGCUGAGCGAGGGCGGCCCUGCUGCGGCUGGGAAGGUGGGGGCGCCGGGGGCGGAGGAGAGACCGAGGUUUGUGGUGGCGGUGGAGCGUCUGCUGCUGCUACGAGAGGAGGGUGUUUUUCGCGACAUCUGCCGCUUUCAUGGAACGGGAUGGAACAAUGGAGGAAGAGGAGGAGGGGAGAGGGGAUGGUACGCGAGAUUGCGGUCUGCUACAUUAUCGGCCAUUCCGGAGGGCAAAGCAGCUGCGUCGCUGUCGAGAUUCGGUACGGUAGUGUAAACGGUCUUUACCGUGUCGUUUUUCUUGCUGGCGUUCAAGGUAGAAAAAAAGGAACCGCCAAAGGUGAACGGUGUCGAGUUUGCUUGUGCCGAGGGCAACCUUGUCAAACCCCAGCGAGCUCGCAUGUUCUCGUAUCAACGUGGCGGUUACAAUUCGGCUGUAGUCGACAGCACGGCACGGUGGCAGAGAAACAACCGUACCGUAUGCAUUGGACACGGUAUGCGGUAUUUCGUCGUCACGGUUGUUGUUGCUGUUGUUGUUCUGGCGUGGGUUUGGGUAGGAUAGAGAGGCCAGGCUAGUUCUGCCGAUCCAACAACCCUACCGGUACUUGUUUCGCGGUGCACUGGUCAGGUGAGUGUCGGUCGAGAGCCGUACAGUACACCAUCUGGUGGGUAAGUUUAGGUCCCCCAUUUUCUCACCCGGGUGUCAUUCUUUAGUGGUGCGAUUUCACCAGACGAGUCGUAAAUUUACGGCCUGAGUUAGUUAUUUCAUCGGCAACAGGAACACUGCCCGGAGACUUGCAAGAUGUGUCCCUCCAAAAAUGUGUUUCACUGUAUUGGAAAUGGCGCUAGUACUUUUCUAUCGCGACUGCUGUGCAUCAUUGCUUGAUGAGAGAGGCAUGUCGAUGCGUGCUUGCCCCGUUGAUGCUUGACACCUACCUUCGGCCAAGGGUAAACAAGUUGGCUUUGUUAACACGGUCUGGUUUGAUCCGUUUUUUUUUUCGAGGCAGAUGUAGAGUGACUGUUGUGUGCUGUUUUUGGAGGUCGGGCUUGAGCCCGAGGUUGGCGGGGGUGCUGAUGAUGUAAUCGUAGGUCUUUCCGUUUUGCGCCAUAAUGAUGUAGCUGUCGCAUGUAUUGUCGAAAAAUCUAGGCUAUAGGUUGGUGGAUUGAAGGGGGCUGCCGUCGAAACGUAGAAUGCUGUUAGUCCCAAAACCCGUCGAUACUGGCGGACGGCAAACGGUGCAAUGCGUUUGGCAGGUCACUGCGCCUGCUUGCUGUCGGUCCAGAAUGCUGAGCAGCAGGAGCGGAAAUGUGUGCGCGUGCUGGGGUCUCGUUUUUCGCACGCGCGUGCUGCUACAUCCGAUUCCGCCGGUCUGCAGUAGAGUAAAAUGUCAAAAUGUCCCGGUCCCACUUGUUGCUAUUGUUAUUCGUUAGUCUCACCUGUGGGCUAACUACAGCUACUGCCGUGCCACCACCGUUGUCCCUGAUUGAGGUGUGAUUGGCCGGAUACCACGCGUUGUUUCAGUCUUGUCUUCGUGGUUGACUUGGGUGCUUUUGGUAUUUCGUAGCACGGUUGGUUACGAUUGGAUUGUUCGAACCUGUAUCCAGUACGUACAUACUCUGCUGAUGAU